AUGGGCAAACUCACCUCCACCAUCGGCAUCCCGAUCAAGCUGCUCAACGAGGCACAGGGUCAUGUGGUGACUUUGGAACUCACAUCCGGUCAGGUAUACCGAGGAAAGCUGCUCGAAGCCGAAGAUAACAUGAAUGUCCAGCUGAAGGACAUCACCGCCACGGCACGCGACGGCCGAGUGUCGCAUCUCGAUCAAGUCUACAUCCGAGGCAGCCACGUACGCUUCUUCAUCGUCCCCGACAUGCUGCGGAAUGCGCCCAUGUUCAGAUCGAGAGGCACCAGAGGUCGCGGUGUGGGAUUGGCAAGAGGAAGAGCUACAGUCAACCGGGCGCGGGCUGGAAGGAGGAAUUAA